AAUAUAUUAUUACUACUGCAGUCGAUAAGAUUUAUAUUAAAGUUUGGAUAAUUUUAUAUCGUUUUACAGGACAUUAGAAGUAUAAUAAUGGCACGGAUAGCAGUUGUGUUUUUGUUUUUAUUAUUUCAUUUUGGAUGCAAAAGUGGACAAUGUGAUACGGAUGGUAAUUGUCUAGGUGCAGAAGGAUGUAAGUCUGGUUUUACGGGAAAGAAAUGUGACUUGUGUGUGGCCGGAAAACACGGAAGGAACUGUGAUCUAAAUUGCCCUGGUAAUUGUACUUUUUGUUUAUCAAACUCAAACUGCAGUGAAUGUAACCAAGGUUUUCACGGAGAUACAUGUAUAGAUGUCUGCCCUCCAGGUUGUUAUGGAGAAUGUUUAAUAGCCGACGGCCAAUGUAUGAAAUGUAAACAGGGAUUAUAUGGAGAUUUUUGCAAUGAAACAAAAACAUGCAAGGAUGGAUUUUAUGGCUUUAACUGCUCAAACAAAUGCAGAAAAACAGAUGAGGGGUGUCAAAAGUGCUUAACAAAUGAAGCCGGUAUGUAUGGGGACUGUAUAAGUUGUGUCCGUGGAUAUCGCCUAACUCUUCCUUUUGGCGCCACCCACAGUUUAUGCACAGAAUGUCCAGGCGAGUGCAAAGACAAGACAUGCAAUUCAACUGAAUUUUGUACAAAUGGGUGUUCACUUGGCAAGUGGGGAGGUACAUGCAAAUCCAAUUGUGCGUUAAACUGUUUAGAAUGCAAUCAGAGCGACGGAAAAUGUAUCAAAUGCAAUAAUGGAACAUAUUUAGAGGAUUGUUCGAAAUUAUGUAGCACCAACUGCAGUUCAACUGACACUGACCAUAUGUGCGAAUUUCACACUGGUAAAUGUAUCAAUGGAUGUAGUUCAUAUAGACAAUAUGGAAACUAUUGCGAGCACCGUUGUAGUGACACAUGCAACAAUCAAACAUGCAACUGGAAAACGGGUUACUGCACAAACGGAUGUGUGGAGAACUAUCAUGGCUCCUUUUGUGAAAAUAAAUGUGCAUCUACAUGUAAAUCAGUGGAAAAGAAACGUUUAUGCAACGAUUCUAAUGGGCAUUGUAUUUCUGGAUGUGAAAAUGGAUUUCAUGGGAAUAUGUGCGAAAGCAAAUGCAGCGAUAAUUGUGUAAAUGAAACCUGCUAUCAAGUCACUGAAGAAUGUGUGUAUGGCUGCAUUGAUGGGUACGACGGACUGCAAUGUACACAAGAAACAGAAGUUCCUGUUUCAAAAAGAAACAAUAUUGCUGUGAUUGUAGGAUCGUCUGCCUGUGCCGGUGUUGCCAUUAUCAUUGUAAUAGUAGUAUUAGCAAUUUCUUUCAUUAAACGUAGGAGAAGAAAAAGCACUUGUGCACAAGAAAACAUUAAAAUCAACGGAAACCUCAAACAUGUGCCAGAAGAGGACCAGGACAAAGACAGUGCAUUAGAAAUUGAAGAAUUGGAUGAAGCUGUUAUAUACGCAAAGCCUAACAAAGCAAAACGAACGAUUGUGGAUGAAGCAAGUGCAGUUUAUGACACUACAUAUAAAAAUAAGAAGAUGUUCAAAGGGAACAAUGAUUAUGAUGUGAUCGGAGCAGGUAGUAAAAUGUCCCCUGAUAAAGACAAUGAAAGACCGAACCAGGCGAUUAAGGUGGAGGCAAAUACAAUGUAUGACACUACAUUUGAAAAUAAAAAUAAGAAAACGUUCAAAGUAAACAAUGUCUAUGCUGUAAUUAGUGCAGGCGGUGGAAUUUCCCCUGAUGUAGAAAAUGCACACGAAACGUGUUUUGGACUAAACACGUCUACAAACAAUAGGGAUUCACCAGAGAAAACUGACACGGUGCAACCGGAGACUUCCGUUUCAGAAACUGAUAUUGAUCCUUUAAGUACGGAGGUCAAACAGAAGGGAGAAAGCGGUGUUCCAGAAAAUAAAAAAUCACAGACAUACUACAAUGACAUCGGAAAGACCAAUAUUGAUAAACUAGCCGAAGAUGUAUCAGAGAGAACCAAGGACGACUUUAUGGAAGAAUUUGAGACAUUACCAACAUGUCUUACUAAACCUUACACAGAAGCAAGCAAAAGAGAAAACAUAGCAAAGAAUAGAUAUAGAGGAAUAUAUCCAUAUGAUGAAACAAGAAUUGUUCUGAGAGAAGGUGACUCGGAUUACAUCAGUGCAAGUUACAUAGAUGGAUACAAAACGAGAAAAGCUUACAUUGCAUCUAUAGGACCUACACGCAAAUAUAUGGGUGAUAUGUCGCCGUUUUGGAUAAUGGCGUGGCAAGAAAAUGUCGGCAAGAUUGUCAUGCUUAAAAAUCUUUCUGAAGCAGGGGCACCAAAAUGUGACCAGUACUGGCCGGAAAAAGACGUAUGUUUAAUGUAUGCAGAUAUAGCGGUGACUUGUUUGAAUGAAGAACAUUUUGCUGAUUACACAGUCAGGAGCUUCCUUGUUCAGAAACAAGAUUCUAAAAAAAGAAAUGUCUAUCAGGUCCAUUUCACCGCAUGGCCCGAUAAAGGCACACCAGACGACGUAACCAGUUUGGUAGAAUUUCGACAAAAAGUCAACAACAUUGUCACUGAUCUUCGUGGUCCUAUUCUUGUACACUGCAGCGCAGGGAUUGGACGGAGUGGAACAUAUAUUGCUUUAGAUAUUCUAACAGAAAAGGGCGAAGUCGAAGGUGCCAUUGAUAUCUAUGCAUGCGUUAAACAUAUGCGAGAACAGAGGGUCAACAUGGUGCAAAAUGUUGAACAAUACCAGUAUCUACACAACGCUGUUGUUCACACACUAACGUUUGAUAGCAAAGCUAUUGCUGCAUCAAGUUUUCGUACAUAUCUGAAAACCCACUCAGAAAGUCAUCUUUUGGCGAAAUUUCUGCAACUGCAGUCGUCAGUUGAAAGGAGAUCUGAAGAAGAAGCAACAGCUGUUACGACAAAUACAGCUUUGACUGACAAAAAUAGACCAGGUUCCGAUAUUCCAGGAGACCGUAACCGGCCUAGGCUGUAUUUGGACAGGACAUCUGAUUCCUCACAAUAUAUAAAUGCUUUGUUUGUCAAUAGCUACAGACGCACAAAUCGAUUCCUUGUUGCACAAACUCCAUUAUCAAAUACAGUGGAAGACUUUCUUGCUUUGAUUGUUCAAGAGAACGUGUCUUGCAUUGUUAGCAUGGAAACAGAUUUAGAUAAAAACAAGACUGUAGGUUGUUAUUACUCGAAUGAUAACAAGGUUCUAAAGCAAGGCGCAUUUACUGUCAUAUCAGAUCUCGACAAGACAACGGAUCAGUAUCAACUGAGAACAUUGAAGAUAUCUCAUGAAGUUCAAGGCCAAACUGAAGAAAUAGAGGUGACACAUGUCGAAUACACGAAAUGGAGUGGCAAAGAUAAAAUUCCUGAGGACCCAAGAAAAUUUCUACAGUUUAUGAAAACCGUUGAACGGAUGUGUAACGGAAAUGAAAACAAGGGCCCGAUACUUGUACAUUGCCUGACUGGAGCGGUGAAAAGUGGACUGUUCUGUGUUAUAUCUGUAUUAUUAGAGAAAACACAAAUUGACCAAGAAAUAAGUGUUGUAAACACCGUGCGUCAGAUCAAACAUAGGCGACAUAUGUCAAUUCCAAAUAAAGAGCAAUACAUAUUUUGCCACAAGUGCCUUGAUGAAUAUUCCGAACAUUUGACCCACACUUUGUCCUAAAGAAAUAAGGUCUUUGAAAUGGGUCAACAUUUUUAAAAAAAAUUUCUGGUGUAUAGAUCUACCUAUAAUGUGAUGCACGAAUCUGUAUAUUAUGCUAUGCUAAGCACAAAUGAAUUAUACAAAAAGUGCAAGCUUUUUUGUAAAACUUGUUAUAGAUCUACAAUUUUUAUUUAUAUAAUAAUAUUCAUUUUCUGUGUAAAACCAUGCAACAUUAUCUCAGAAAAGUAUUGUUUAAACUCAGAAAUGAAGUCUGCGGACCAAUACAUAUCUUAAACAUGUAUUGUCAAUUUUAUCAUGUUUUAUGUCUUAAA